GUGUCAUGACCCAUCCUCUCUCACGUGUGCAAGUAGGAAAGGUGGUGAAGCAGCUUCUGUUAUGGACGCGAAAUAAACCCGCCCGGUGUUUCCUGCUCAUCGCUAAAGACAGAAGAGGAGGCUGCGUGUGGGAGAGGAACGUUUCCGACCAGCAGGAGAAAAUAAAACGUUACAUUACAGGGUAAACUCUGUAAAGUUUCGCCAUGGCUCUGUACGUGAAGGCAGCUGAGAUCCUGGCGAAAGCUGAGGGGAAACAGGGCGCUCUGAAAACUCUGGUUUACGAUAGUAAAUUUAAGAACAUCAAGCAGCUGUUCGCGCUCGUCUGUGAGACCCAGAAGUUUUCCUCCAUCCUGCAGGAGAUCAUCGAGUCCACCAAGCUGCUCAAGCAGACCAAGCUCAAGAUGCACCUGGCAAAGGUUCUGGUGUACGACCUGCUGAUUGGCCAGGGGCUGAAGUGCGGCGGAUCGUGGAAGUCCGUGAUGAUGAAGCAUCGCUCCAGGCUGCAGGCGGAGCUGGCUCGCAUGAAGGUGAAGCAGAAGGUGAGCAGGAGUGAAGACCUGCUUCCUCCGAGUGUCAAGCAGCCAGCCGGGGACCAGCUGCCCAGAUAUGCGCGUGUGAACACUCUGAAGACCACCGUGGAGGAUGUUGUGGACUACCUGAAGAGGGAUGGCUUCUCCUACCUAGGAAAGGCCACCACGCUGGCCGACUUGUCCCUGAAGGAGAGAUACUUUCUGAGUGACCUGCAUCUGCCAGAGUUGCUGGUCUUCUCCCCUAAAACUGACUUCCAUGACCACUUCCUGUACAAAGCAGGCCACAUUAUCCUGCAGGACAAAGCCAGCUGCCUCCCCGCUCAUUUUCUCAAUCCUCCACCUGGGAGCCACGUCAUUGAUGCCUGUGCUGCACCUGGCAACAAAACCAGCCAGCUUGCAGCCAUCAUGAAGAACAAAGGCAGGCUGUUUGCCUUUGAUUUGGAUGGAAAACGCUUGGCCACCAUGUCAACCCUCCUGCUCCGAGCAGGGGUCACCUGUCAGCAGCUGGCCAACCAGGACUUCCUGAAGGUGGACCCUGACAACCCGCAGUAUAAGGAUGUUGAGUAUAUCCUGCUCGAUCCCUCCUGCAGUGGAUCAGGUAUGGUGUGCCUCCAGGACAACACCUCUGCUGAUCAGGAGAAGGAACGGGCUCGUCUGGCCUCUUUGGCCUCCUUCCAGCUGCGCUGCCUCAACCACGCUCUCGGGUUUCCCCGCCUGAAGCGCCUGGUCUACUCCACCUGUUCCAUCCACAAACAGGAGAACGAGGAGGUGUUAGCCGCCUGUCUGCAGCAGAACCCCUGCUUCAGACUGGUUCCUCUGCUGGCUGAGUGGCCUGAACGAGGCCUGAAGCCGCUCUCACAGUGUCUGCGUGCCAGCAUCGCCAAGACCCUCACACACGGCUUCUUCGUGGCCCUGCUGGAGAAACACAGUAAGGCUGGAAAUACAAAGCAGGAACCGGCUGUUAAGAUACGCGACCCAGAGGGGAAACCACACGGCCCGCCUUCUUCUGAGAAGAGGCCCGCAGCUUCAGAAGAAGACGCCGAAGCUUCAGAGACGGAGGACAGACCAGCAGCUGCGGCAGGACAGAAUGGCAGUGAACCCAACAAGAAGAAGAGGAGGAAGAGGAAGAGAAAGAAGGCGGCAGCAGAAAUAGCAGAGUGAAAUUUAAAAUCGGAGAUUUGUCUGGAUGAAAAAUGCUUUUGAUUUCUAAUAGAUAUG